AUGGUUUUAAUUCCAGUUAGAAGCUACCAACCAAGACGUAUGAGCAGCGGCUGUCGUUCCGCGAGCGGCGCAGGCUCGGGCGCGGUGACGGUCGCGGGCGCGGGCGCGUGCGCGGCGCGCAUGGCGAGCGCGGGCGCGCAGUUCCGCGGCGGCACGCAGCAGUGGGCCGCGGCCUACGCGCCGCAGCCCUGCCGCUACCCGCCGCCGCAGCCGCAGCCCUACGCGGCUGCACCCAGCCCCUACACGCCACACCAGUACACUGGUGCGACGAUGACGGGUGGAUGCGGGGCGACGGGUGCGCGGGUGCCGACGGCGGCGUCCCCAGCGAACACUGCGUCCAGCUCCUCGUCCAACUCUGCAGGAGGAACACGCUCCACUAGCCUUAGCACGGCGCCCCCGCCACCCGCCUCCUCUGCCUCCACCACGGGCGCGUCCGGGGAACAGCUCAGCCGUACCAACUUAUAUAUCCGCGGCCUUAGCCAGAACACCACCGAUAAAGACCUCGUCCAAAUGUGCCAGAUGUAUGGCAACAUUAUUUCAACAAAAGCAAUAUUGGACAAAAAUACAAAUAAAUGUAAAGGUUACGGUUUUGUAGAUUUUGAAACAAUCGCGUCAGCGGAGGCUGCUGUUAAAGGAUUACAAGCCAAAGGUGUUCAGGCCCAGAUGGCUAAAGUGGGUAUCUGGUUCCUGCGUAGACUGAACCGUCAACAGGAACAAGAUCCUACCAACCUGUAUAUGGCCAACUUGCCACCGCACUUCAAGGAAAACGAUGUGGACCAACUGUUAGCUAAGUUUGGCCAAGUGGUGUCGACAAGGAUCCUCCGAGAUACCCAUGGACAUAGCAAAGGGGUCGGCUUCGCAAGAAUGGAGUCGAGAGAAAAAUGCGAGCAGAUCAUUCAAAUGUUCAAUGGAAACGCGAUACCGGGUGCAAAAGAGCCGUUGCUCGUGAAGUUUGCUGAUGGGGGCAAUAAGAAAAAAGCUUUGUAUAACAAACAAAACGACAACAAUGGCCGAGCGUGGAGAGACAAUAAUGAAUCUAUCACUCAGUUGUCGGUGUUACAGGCGAUGAGUGUGACGGGAGUGUACGCGGGGGGAGUGGGCGGCGGUGCGGCGGGCGAGUGCGGCGUAUACCGCGGCAGCGGCGUGUACGGCGUGGCGGCGUUCCACCCGCAACUGCACCAUCACCACGCGGCGCACCCGGCGGCCUGGCUGGCUCCCUAUGCAGCACUCAUCCCGCCAGCGCACCCCGCGCACCACGCGCCUCACGCACCCCAUCCGACCCACCCCGCUCACAUACCAAUAGACACCGUGCCUAGCCAAUACGUAAACUGGGACAGCUUAAGGCCGGAAAAUGAAUUAUACUACUUCACGUCGCACCCCUACCAAUACUUCACGGGGCCGACUCCACCCAUCAUCCAGAUGCCGAUGGAGAGCGAGCACGCGUCGACGGCGGCGUCGCCCGACGAGGCCUACCAGCCCUACCCGCCCCCCAAG